AUGGCCAGCAAUCCGUCGCAGCUCCUCCCAUCAGAGCUGAUCGAUCGGUGCAUCGGUUCGAAAAUAUGGGUGAUCAUGAAAGGAGACAAGGAGCUCGUGGGCACUCUUAGGGGCUUCGAUGUUUACGUCAACAUGGUGCUGGAGGACGUCACUGAAUAUGAAAUUACUUCGGAAGGCCGACGUAUUACAAAACUUGAUCAGAUUCUUCUCAAUGGGAACAACAUUGCGAUUUUGGUUCCCGGAGGUUCCCCAGACGCCGAAUGA